CGGAAGAGACAAUUCCGGAAGUGAUGAGGCCGGAAGAGACAAUUCCAGAAGUGAUGAGGCCGGAAGUGACGAUCUCGGAAGAGACGAGGCCGGAAGUGACGCGGCCGGAAGAAACGAGGCCGAGAGAGACCCUACAAUUUCUUGCCUUUCAGCUUCUGGAGAGAACAUGGACGUCAGCAAGCCAAAUCCAGUCUUGCCAAGGAAUUGUGAUGGGUCGCGGGACCUGGAGCUCAUCGUCAAGGCGGUCCCAGAUUCAACUGAAGGAGCCGUCGAAGAUACCCCAUCUCGUUCCAUUCAUGGAAAGGAGCGUAGGAGUUAUUCAAAGCAGAAAAAGUCUCCUAAUCUCUCAAAAAGUUUCAGGAAUCUGAAGAAAUUCCCAUUGCCAGCUGGAGAACAUAACCCGGGCAAUGAAUCGACUUCAGUAAGGAAUCGAAGACCUCAAGUCCUUGAUACUAGCAAGCCUGUUAAUCUUACGUCUAAAUUCUCUGGCGAUAACGUGACAAAAUCUCGUUGCAAGGAAACUUCUGGAGCUAAUCUGGUGAAACGAUCUUCCGCCAACUACUGUACUAGUUCUAGCAAGUUCUCUAAUAUCAUCACUGCUGUUGAUAAAGAGUGCGUCCCGCAGCAAGCGAGAAAGGGAUCUCAUAGUGGCUUGUUAGAACAAGCAACCUGUGUCAAAUCGGAGAAACCCACGCCUGAUUUUAAAUCUACCUCAAAUAACGAAAAAGUUGAACGAAACAAAGAAUAUCUGAUAAGUUACCGUGAAACCAUAGAAAAGGUGUUAAGGAGAAAUUCAUCUCCUAGCCAUACCGCCCGAAAUAUGCUGAAAAUUUCCCAGAAGUGUGAAAUCGAGACAGCCGCAUCAUCACUGAAAUCGGAUCUUAGUCUAAAUUUAAAGAAACAGGCCCAAGAUGAAUCCACUACCUCUUCGUUAGUUAAAGGUGUAAGUGGUUGCGACCUAGUGCUGUCCUACGCAAAGCCUGGACCUAGUAGUGAAAGCGGUUAUGGAACUCCACAUGUUGAUUUAUGCGUGGUUAAAAGCGAAAUUGUUCCCAAGUUGGAAUUUUCAGCUUCAGCUAUAAAAAACAUUGAGAACUCUCGUGUCAGAGGAGUGAAAACCGAUUCUUCUGGCUAUCGUCCACCUACUAAAAGUAAGCAGAAAAUUUCUUCCAAGAUUCCCGUCUCCCCUCGCAUGACGUUCAAAGGGAAACUGGAAGAUAAGGUAUCUUGCAAGAGAGCCGUGAAAAGAAGAAAAAUUCAUGGGUUCACCAAAGCUUUGCCUCGGAAUGAACCUGGCAUAUCCAAAUUUGCCAACGAACCCAUCGAUAAAAGUGUUGACGUUAAUAAUACUGUACAACUACCUCGGGCAGUAGAUCAAAAUCAAGGCCCCUCGAAAGAAGGAACCUUUAUGGUUUCUCGUCAAGUCUUCAAGUCGCCUUUGUGUUCCUCUCAUGAAUUGAGUGACAUUAAAAGUAUCGACGAUUCUCAGGUCAGUCAAGAAGCUAAAGCUGUUCAGAUAGAUGAAACAAAAAGUGAUUCACCUGAUGUCAGCUGUUGCUCCUCUGCUCCUAAUAGCGCCGUCCAACAUUCCUUACAAGCUAAACCUCGUAAUCAAAGCAAAUCGCGUUCUGCACAAGGCACAGUUUAUAGUUGCAAUUUACCUGUGAAUUUGGAAGUUAACGGCUCCAUCAAAAUGGCAGAUGAUUCUAAGAUGAUUCUCAUGUUUACAUGCUCUUUAAUGUCGAUCCUUCCUCCCUUGUAUGCCUGCAAAACUAACUAUUUCUUACGACUGAAGAUUCUCAAGCCAUUGAAUUUUUCUACCUAUACCCUACCCGGCAACGUUUUAUUGUUUAAAGAAGAGUCUGACCAGAUGACUCUACCGUAUCUGAAGCUGAUCCCGUUCUUCUCUACUGGUGGUAGCCAUAAUCUCCGUCCUCUUUCCAUCGCUGGAAAAACCAUCCACCUGAUCGUUAACACGAUGGCUGAUAAUUACGACCAAUUUCCUGCUCUUCGUAAUGCUAUUUGCCUUGAGAACGAUUUCACCCUCAUUGUCAUCUAUGGUUUCGACCGCUACCAGUGUUCGCGCAGUAUUAAAUUCUCCAGCGCUGUCAAACAACCAAAAGCAAGAGUUUUAUGGAAGCCUACCGGGAAGAUGGCAAGGGAGUCUCCAACGUUCUACGGGCUAAAUGCUGACCACUUCAUAAUGGACCCAAGGAUCAUGACCGCAAAGCUCUCACUGCAAAGGGAUUCUCACAUUCGUAGACAUCGCAUGAGCGACCAAUGGAGGAAAUGGUGUGCAAUUCAGCCCUCGGUUCUGAUAGACCGCGCUCAAGUCUUGACUCCGUGCAAGCGGAAGAAGGCAGACCCGGCCAGUAAUCGAAGAGGCAAGCGUUCUAAUAUAUCGCCUCCUUCAUUUGGCCGUUGUUCAGAUGAAAUUUCGGACCCAGGUCCGUCUUCCGUCAAAUCGCGUUCUACCCACAGUGAAAGCAAGCAGAAAACUUACUUCAAGCCCAUGUCCCAUACAAAGUCUCCAAGCAAGGAAGUGUCCAUGAAGACAAACACUGUGUCAGAUGGUGACGCUGCUACUUUACUGCAGCCUUUUAGGCACCGCGAAACUCCUCAAAAGCAUCCUCAAACAAACGACAGUCCGACUACUUCCAAACACUCCGAUCAAAUAGAAAACAUUGUUGAAUCGCCAAUAGGUCCCAAUUUCGGUCAAAAGUUUCUAUCUAGUGUCACAGAAGUUGGAAGCGUUAGAGUCGCUGGUUCAGGUUCUAUUUCACCUCAGAAGCAUCAGCGCAAAUUUGAUGAAAACUGUCGUAUGGAAAAAUUGUCCGAUAAUGUUACCAACGAUGCCAACUCCCAGUUCCCAUCACUUGUCAGAUCAGAAUCUAAUGCAUCCUUGCCCGCUGCUUCUCAUACUAUGGGUGGUUCCUCGUCCGUCAUGCCCUGUUCAAGUCAAUUUCAGACUUCGAGUUCUCAUCAUGCCACCUCCAACCAGCCGUCGUUUGAAUCCCUUCUGAAGACUCCCUCGCCAUCUUCGAAUAAAAUUUAUAAUACAAUUGACGACGGCCAAGCCACUGGAGAUUCUUCCGAGAGCGCCGAGCUCGACACAGCUGCUCAUGAUGUCCGAGCAAAGGCCACCAGCGCUACCAGCGCCAAGACCACUAGCGCUGCCGACGCAAAGAUCACUAGCGCUGCUGGCGCAAAGGCCAAUGGCGCUGCCGGCGCAAAGGCCACUAGCGCUGCCGGUGCAAAGGCCACUGGCGCUGCCGGCGCUAAGGCCACUAGCGCUGCCGGCGCAAAGACAACCGCUGCAGGCGCUAAGGCCACUGGCGCUGCCGGCGCUAAGGCCACUGGCGUUGCCGACGCAAAGGCCAAUGGAGCUGCCAGCGCUAAGGCCACUAGCGCAAAUAACGACGCAUCAAGUGAAGUCCUCUGCGUUAGCUCGGGCUCUCCAUCGUGUACGCUGAAGUCAACUCCCAGGAAAUUGUCCCCUCUGCAGCUCUACGCCCUGCCUCGCCAUAGCUCUCCUAUCCAGAAGAAGAUCGUGGCGCUGAACAACCUGUAUGAACCUUCGGUCUACAAGCGAGACGACGUUUCGUACAGGAUGUGGACGGGCUAUAACCCUAGAUUGGUCAAGAAAGAAGAGAAAGCCAUCGCCUGCGCCAAAAAAGAAGAGCUCCACGUAUGUAUGACGUGCGAUUGCCGCGUGAGCGGCCCCGUGUACAUGUUCAGGAGUCACCUACGCAGCAAACUCCACUACACAAACUCCGUUACCAGCCUACGAGUCAUGUCCAACAUGAUCUGCAAACAAUUCGGUCGUCACCUUCCAGCAGUCGACUGGUUGGCUGCAUCCCUGGACACGGUAGUGGUGCGGGAGGAGGUCAAGGAGGUACAGGGCAUGGCUUCGCUCACUGCUUCACUGCAGGCAAAUGCUUCACUGCAGGCAAGUGCUUCACUGCAGACCUUGGAGAGGGGGAGUGAAAGGAUUACCUCCACCACCGCUCCGAGCCCUAUUUGCUCCCCAACCUCGACCAACGACGGUCCCAGUUGCUCCAGCACCCCGACCUCGACCAACGACCUCUUAAGCUGUGGCAGCUCCACCAGCGUUCUUCGCCACACCUACUGGCACGAGCUCGUCCUUAUCAAGAAAAUCUUGGACGCUGACUUAUCUGCUUGUUUUGGCGCGACUCCUACCGUGCCGCAAGCAACUCCAUCCGUAGCACAAGCAACUCCAUCCGUAGCACAAGCGACCUCAUCUGUACAUCAGAAGCCUGCGAAUGGUGGGUUGGUUUCUGCGCACGCACCGUCCAGAUGUCAGGCCUCACAUGCUACCAAAUCGCGAUCUUCUGUCAAGAGGAAGUUUGUUGAAGCAACCAACCUCCAAGCGCAAAAUUCUGGCUUGGACCAGAGUCAACUCGAUUCUGAAUUCCACGCUUCCAAGGGCGAGAAAAAACGCAAAUUGAAUCAAGUGGAAAGUGAACCAACCAUCGGCGUGAUUGGAAAUCUUCCGGGAACGUCAACCGAUUGCAAUGAAUUGCAUUCAAAUGAAGUUUGCGAGAGACCCCAAUAUGGUUGUGGUGAUGCAGAUGGAUCAGCUGUUGAGACAGAUUACGAUGAAGCGGCCGGAGGUUUUUGUAUGGUUGACAUCAUUUCGAGUGAGCAUCACAACCCCAGCCACACACAAUAUCAGAUGGGAUCUUCGCCCUUUGUUCAAUAUGAGGCAUCAACACACAUGCCUCUCGAAGAAGAUAAUUACGAUGAUUCUUACUCAUGCAUGUGCAAUGCAGUCAUGAAUAUGACCUCGUCAUCAUUACCCGCGGCUCCCUGUGAGCCUCUCGCCAAUUUCGACCAUAACUUUGAGAGCGCUAUUGACGGCAAUCAGUUGCAAUCCUUGUCCGCUGCUCGUGAAACUUCGACUGUAGACGCUAAUUUUCCGAUGAACGAGUCUGGCGAAAACGUUUAUGCCGAUCUUGACUUCAUCGUAAACGAAGCUCUGGAUGUCGUGAACACAAAUCAUCAGGCUCCUCAUGGAGACCUUGCACAACCUGAUAAGGACGCGAAUAAUAACUUUCAAGACGCUCUUCUCGGAAGCGUUUUGAAUUGCUCCCCUGACGACAAGCUUCAAUCAAUUGCUAAACAAGACUUGAUCAAUGCGCCUCGUAGUGGAGCAGACUAUGAAUCAAAGCAUUAUUUCGACCUUUUGAGCGAAAUCUCAUGCGACGAUGACAGUAGCAGUGGAAUGGAUGUUGACCCUUCGUCAUCCUUCAAUGCCGUUCGUUUAGAGACUCCUGUCUUAUUGAAUUGUGCGCCCUCAUCUCCGCUGGGCAUCGACCAUGACUCUGGUUAUCCUGACGCCGCUACUGAUGAACAAAACUUGAGGUUUAGAGAAGACGCAUUAGUAGUAAGCCGUAAUUACCUUGAAGCCGGAAUAGGUUGUGAAAACGUUGAAUUUACGUAUUCAUGUGAUUCGGACUGUACCAACGGCAGCCUUGAUAGUCACGCUGGUCUCAUAGGUGUAAGCGAAAUACAACCGAAGAAUAAUGAGCCAAAUAAUGAGAAUCAAUGUAUGGACAAUACUAAAGCUGGAUAUCUUUCAGAUGAAGAUGAACUCAAGUUAUUUCUUUCAUCGGAUGAGGCUGAUGACUUACCUCAUAUUAAUAACAUUGAAGCGCUUCUGCCUGCCGAAGAUCCUGCCACUCUUGAAUCGGCAACCAUACCGAAAUCUUCACAAUUUACUAGCAUUACUAUUGAUCGGGAAUCUCUAAGUACGAGCCUCAAUAAUUCUCUAAAUUCUCCAAACGUACUCGAUCAAUGUCCGCCGUCGGCAAUUGACUCUGAUUUGAGUGAUGAAGUUGGAGAUUCAUGUUCAACUCACAGCAACGACGCUGUCAAUAUAAGCUUUUGUGUGGAUAAAGAGGAAGUUGGAGGGCUGUUGGGCGACAGGUCUCAAACCGACAAAGUUGACUCUGUACAUCAACCACAAAUCAAAGUCACACCGCAUGCUCCUGUAUCAGAAACGUCGUCAUCUCAUCUCAUUUGUUUCGGGAAAACGUCCUCUCCCUCGUCCAGCACGCGUACACCACGGUCCCCAUUACGUGCCAUCAAUACGGCUUCAAAACCUAGACCAUUGAGCAAAAGAGCAUCUCUCUUGCGCCCGAUCCUUGAGCUUCGUCAAAAACUGACAACGAAAAAGAACGAUUCAUGUGGCUUAGAAGAAAUUCCGAUCGGUUCUCAGCUAUUUGAACUUAUUUCUAAUGACACGGCAUCUGUGUCUUCAGUGAAUCUGAAGAAGUCCAGUAAAGCCGAUCAAAAUUCUAAAAGCUUUGUUGAAAGAAAAGCUCAAAAUCUUGACAAUCCUAGUACGAAGAAGACUACGUUUGAAUCGCCAUUUGUGUUGAAGCUCAAAGCUCAAUCUAAGUUCAUCCAAAAUAGUGUGUCAGAUCAUCAGAAACAGGAGCAGUCGACAAAUAUGAAUAAUAACGACGAUGAAACUGCUAUCCAAAAACACAGUCCUUCAAUUCUAGAGAAGCAAGAGUCGCUCGAAGAGGGUGAACUGCCUCCUAGCGACGGAAAAGGAAUUCAAUUUGAGAAUGAUCGUGGUGAUGAUCUCUUGGACGUGCAUCUUGAGGACAGGACAUCAUCUUGUGGGAGUGGAUCUGAUGCUACGAUCCGAUCCAAAUCUGACGCUAAUAUUUGCCCUGCUCCCAAUUGCUGUUCUUCUGAUGCAAGUCGAAGCUCUUCCGGUGUCGGUCGUCCCGCUACCGGUACCAGUCGCCGUUCUGCCAGUGUCAGUCGCCGGUCUUCUGGUGCCAGUCGCCGGUCUCCUGGUGCCAGUCGCCAUUCUUCCGGUGGCAGUCACCGGUCUCCUGGUGCCAGUCGCCGGUCUUCUGGUGCCAGUCGCCGGUCUUCUAGUGCCAGUCGCCGGUCUCCUGGUGCCAGUCGCCGGUCUCCUGGUGCCAGUCGCCGGUCUUCUGGUGCCAGUCGCCGGUCCUCUGGUGCCAGUCGCCGGUCUCCCGGUGCCAGUCGCCGGUCUCCCGGUGCCAGUCGCCGGUCUCCUGGUGCCAGUCGUCGCUCUUCAAGUACCAGUCGCCGUUCGCCAGAUGCUAGUCACCGCUUUCCCAGAGCAGAACUUGGGCCUCGGCAUUCCCAUCCAAAUUAUCUCAGUGGACUUCCAAUUCGCGAAGGUGGUCAAACAGGCCUCUACGUGGAAGUUACGCAUCAUCGCAUGGAUGGUCCGUCACAGCACCACAUGGAUGGUCCGUCACAGCACCUCAUGGAUGGUCCGCCACAGCACCACAUGGAUGGUCCGCCACAACACCACAUCGAUGGUCCGCCACAACACCACAUCGAUGGUCCGUCACAGCACCACAUGGAUGGUCCGCCACAGCAUCGCAUGGAUGGUCCGCCACAGCAGCACAUGGAUGGUCCAUCACAGCAUCACAUGGAUGGUCCGCCACAGCACCACAUGGAUGGUCCACCACAGCAUCGCAUGGAUGGUCCGCCACAGCACCACAUGGUUGGCCCGCCACAGCAGCACAUUAAUGGUCCGCCACAGCACCACAUGGAUGGUCCGCCACAGCAGCACAUGAAUGGUCCACCACAGCAUCGCAUGGAUGGUCCGCCACAGCAGCACAUGGAUGGUCCGCCACAGCAGCACAUGGAUGGUCCGCCACAGCACCACAUGGAUGGUCCGCCACUGCACCACAUGGUUGGUCCGCCACAGCAGCACAUGGACACAGCACCACAUGGUUGGUCCGCCACAACACCACAUGGAUGGUCCGCCACAGCACCACAUGGAUGGUCCACCACAGCAUCGUAUGGAUGGUCCAUCACAGCACCUCAUGGAUGGUCCACCACAGCACCUCAUGGAUGGUCCGCCACAGCACCUCAUGGAUGGUCCACCACAGCAUCGCAAGGAUGGUUUGCCACUGCAUAG